CUCGUGUCCUCGACGUUCCUUUCGCCGGUGAGUCCGUUAACAGGUCGUGUAACGCCUUACACGUCACUUUUUUUCUUCGUCGUCUCCUACGUACGCGCAAUCGCUGCGUCGUGAGGUGUUCCCUUCUGCAUAUAUGACUGCAACUGAAAGCACGAGUGCGAGAAGCGUUUCCAACGUCUGCGAUUCGUUAACAUGUCUGCCCUUCAAAAGUCAGUUUUGAGAUCCAAAUUUCCAAUGUCGGCAGUCAAUUUUUCGGCUUUGAACACCAGACUUGGGAAGUCGAAGGGAGCCCAGCGAAGGAGAGACUAUGAACCGGUGCGGUGGAACCCGUACUUCGAUCAUUCCAAGGAUGUGCCAGUGGGGCAGAACACUUUUCACGUUUAUAUCACGGGCACUGAGGGACCGUUAUUAGUUUUAUUGCACGGUGGUGGUUACAGUGGCUUAACAUGGGCAGAGCUAACAAAAUCGAUUAUGACAAUGGUAUGGUGUAGAGUCAUGGCUAUUGAUCUUAGGGGUCAUGGAGAUACUCACACCACAGAGGACGAAGACUUAUCUGCAGACACUUUAGCAUCGGAUGUUGCAGCUGUUGUAGAUAUAAUUGCACCCAAUACUCCGAUAAUUCUUUUUGGUCAUAGCAUGGGUGGAGCAGUAGCUGUAAGAGCAGCUUCAUUAAUUCCAAAUUUAUAUGGAUUAGGAAUUAUAGACGUUGUAGAAGGCACAGCAAUGGAUGCAUUAGCCUCAAUGCAGAGUUUUUUAAGAUCUCGACCAUCUAGUUUUAGCACCAUACCUCAAGCUAUAGAGUGGUGUGUUCGUAGUGGACAAAUUCGGAAUAUACAAUCGGCAAAAGUCUCGGUUCCUGGACAGAUAAAGAACAUUGAAACUAGCAAAUUAGCAACUCAUGAUAUUGACACAUUGCCAAGCCAAUACAACACGUGUGAAUCUAAUCCAGAACCAGUUGUACCACGAGAUGAUAUUAUCCAAGAGGAAGAGUCAUCCAGCAUGCCACCACCGCCACCUGCGUCUUCUGCUCCCACUACUAACAGAAAAUAUGUCUGGAGAAUAGAUUUGGCAAAAACGGAACAGCAUUGGUUUGGUUGGUUUAAGGGAUUAUCGACGGCAUUCUUGAAUAUCCCUGUACCGAAAAUGUUGUUGUUAGCAGGAGUAGAUAGAUUAGAUCGUGAACUCACUGUAGGACAAAUGCAAGGUAAAUUUCAAAUGCAAGUAUUGCCCGCUUGUGGGCACGCUGUUCAUGAAGAUGUUCCAGAUAAAGUAGCGGAAGCUAUUGCUACGUUUAUGGUCAGGCAUAAGUUUGCAGAGCCAGCAUCAGAUUUUCCACGGACUUUUCCGGCUUGUUAAGAAAAUAAUUAAAUAGUUGUAAUGUAUGGGAUAAUGUGAAGAAUUUUCUUUUAAUUUAGUUAAUAUAUUUUAUUUAUUUCAAGAGAUUAUACCACCAAAUAUAGAAACAUAUAUGUGUAAAUAAAGACAUCUUGAAAAAAAAAAAA